AUGGACCUCAAGAAUUCGUUCAACCAAAUGCGAAUACAUCCUGAUGACAGAUGCAAAACAGCAUUUUGGACGCCACUUGGUCAAAUGGAAUGGCUUGGAGUACCAUUUGGUUUACUGAAUGGUACUUCAGCUUUGGCCAGAUGGUUAUACUUAAACGUUAUUGAUUUAGAAGGUGUCGCCGUUUAUGUUGACGAUAUUGUAAUUCACGCAGAUGACGAAACCACCUUACUGAAAUACUUUGAGGCUAUGAUGAAGCGUUUAGCUGAGAUAGGAGCAUACAUCAACGUAACAAAGUGCAAGUUUGGUGUAGAGGAAAUAGAGUUCCUCGGAUUUAACAUCAAAGGUGGACGACUCACUCCUCCCACAGAGUCGGUAAAGGCAAUAAAUGCCAUUAAACUACCAUAUGAUACAACUACCGUGCGACGAUUCCUAGGUAUGGUUGGCUACUUUCGCAAUUUUAUCAAGGACUUUGCCAAGAUAGCUGGACCUUUAUACGAACUGUUACAGAAGGAUGUUACAUUCAAGAUGACCGAUGAAAGAAUAGCAUCAUUUCAAGAAUUACAGAAGGCGUUAACUGAAUGUCCUGGCCUGGCGAAUCCUCACCAUUCGUGGCCAUAUGUCCUGGACACUGAUGCCUCUACUACUGCAAUUGGUGCCUGUCUAAUGCAACUCGAUGAACAAAACCAUAAGCCACUUCAAUGGUUAUGGAAGAUCGAUAAACCACGCCUGGCUAGAUGGUCAAUGGCCCUGCAACAAUUCGACUUCAAGAUCGUGUACAAUCCUGGUACAGCUGAAGAACAAGUUGAUAUAUUUACCAGAGAUGUUGACUUCACCGCUGCUGAUGAAUUCGUCGACAAACACCUUGGUAUGGUAAAUACUCUGAGUCACAUCAAACCAAUUGAAGAUAGAGCUGCGAGACAACAAGAACGACUAAUUGGUGAAGAAGUUGCAUCCAUUCCAAUCAAGACGAAGUCAAAGGUCGAUACGGGUGUAAUACCAAAUCUGAAGGCAGACAGCAAUUUCCCAUCAAUUGAAGAAUUUGUUCAUGCUGCUAAGGAAAUUGCGUCAGUACCAGACAGGUGCAUAAUACAGGAAGAUCUGCUCGUUCAUGCGAAGAGUGGACUCAUGUUUGUCCCUGAAAAUUUGAGAGCCCGAAUACUAUACUACUAUCAUUACAGUAGAAUCGGUGCACAUCAAGGAGCACAGAAAAUGAUUGUCAGGAUAAAGAAGCACUUCUACUGGCCCUUGUUGGCGAAAGAUUGUGUCGAUUUCACUGCUGGUUGCCUUACGUGUCAAAGAAGAAUGAAUGUCGUCAAUUUGGUUGGAAAAGGUGUCUUGUUAUCCACUGAUUUCAACCCAUUAGUUUCGGUCGAUGCAAUAGGACCUUUCAUGUACAAGAAGAAAACUUACAACCUAAUCACCAUGAUUGAUAACUUAACGAAGUGGGUAGAAGAGUGCCAAUGA